UUAUUUUUUGCCUAAGUCUGUAAAAUUUAUCAAAGCUAAUUGCAGAGAUCAGAGAAAGAGAGAGACAGAAGAUCGUUUGAUUUGUGAAAAAUGUGGGGGAAGCUAAACCAAUCUAUGCUUGGGGGUAACGAAGAGGGUGAACAGGGUUUCUUGGAUGAAGAAUCUGAAGGCUUGUGUUCUUCUCUAUCUGCUACUCAGAGAAUGUAUGCGUUUGGAGGUUGUUUGUUGGCUGGGAUGGUCUGUAUGUUCUUGUCGAUGAUUGUAUUUGCCAAACCCAUCAAAUUUGCCAUUUUGUUCACCUUUGGCAAUUUGUUGGCGGUUGGAAGCACAGCUUUCCUCUUUGGCCCUGCCCAACAAAUACGAAUGAUGUUUGACACAGUCCGAAUUUAUGCAACAGCUAUUUACCUUGGAUGUGUUGUUUUAGCACUCGUCUGUGCUCUCUUGAUUCAAAGCAAAGUUUUGACACUAAUUGCAAUGAUAUGUGAGAUUUGUGCCCUUAUUUGGUACAGUCUGAGUUAUAUUCCUUUUGCUCGAAGAAUGGUUUCAGAAUUGAUGAUUCGUUUAUGCGACACCGAGCUUUAGCUGUUGCAAUU